UUACAGUUCUGAGAAGAUGUUCUCCCCAUUACAGGUGGUUUUUGUGACUCUGUCCAUGUCUUUGCUGCUUUGCAGCGUCAGUUCGGCUCCAAGAGGAGACACGCUGCUCCAGCUGCUACGUUCAGAAGUGGAUUCCAAGGAGAAUGAGCUUCAGGAUUUCUCUCGUCUGCUGUUUCUGAAGCAGCUUUCUGAGUCCGUGGCACCAGAGGAGAAAGAUGCUCUUGAGAGCUUUGAUGAUCUUGAGGCUCGUAAUGAAGUGAUUCGGCAGAUUCCCCUCUCCCAGCGGGAACGCAAAGCAGGCUGCCGGAAUUUCUACUGGAAGACCUUCACCUCUUGUUAAUCAACCUACUUAGUUUCAAAUUUCAAUACCAUUUCAAACAUUGUUAUACUUGUGUAGGCAUCAACACUAAGAGGAUUUCUGGUCCUGUGCAUACAUCAUGGAUUGUAAUAACCAAUUUCCAUGUUCUUCGGUUUCUCCUCUAUCUUGUACUAACCAAGAAUGUUCUUUAAUUCACCAGCACAUGACACCAGUAGUACGAUUCCGGUACAAAGAGUGUUUAUGCAUUUUUAUGUACUGGAUGCUAUAAAAUAUUUGUUUCAUGGGUGGAAUUGAU